AUGGGAAACUCCAAGUCUCGCCAAGCCAAUCCCGCUGGUCAGAGCCGCAAGCAAGCAAAACACGCCUCAAAGUAUAUCAACAAAAGCAACCACAAUAAUGACCCUUCCGCCCUCGAUGCCUUCUCCAGUCAACCCAUCACCAACGACAGUGGACACUACUCUAUCCAUGGAUCGACUGUAGCCCCUGGACUUCCCGGGGGAGCCUUCCACAACAACCUUUCUAGUCCCGGUCGACUGGACCAGCAAAAGGAGGUGUCCGACUCGAGCCUCCGGCUCCAAUACGGCUCCAGGGUCAAACGAGCCACCGUCCUUGGUCCAGGUCCUCCCCCAGACACAGACUACCUCAUCAACAGCAGCAACAUCAGCAACGAGAUAAAGACCAACUCGCAGCGACUCUGGAGCUCAGGAUUGGCGCCCCGCACAGCCACGGCCAUGUCAACGGGGGAACUGAACAGAGGAGUCCCAGAGAUGAGCUAUCAGCACCAGCACCAACAGCAGCGGGAGAGCGACCAACAAAUGCGAGCGUCGCCCAUCUCGAUGCGCCAAUCGCAAGGCCGAAAUUCGGCUCUCGCCUCUCCAUCGCCCGCACAGAACCAAUGCUCGACGUCCCUGAAUUAUCAACCGCAUUCCCAGUACCACAGCCAACCACACCAGCAGCAGCAGCAACGCAUGUCCAUGGCCUCGCCUGCACCCAUCAAUGGACACAGAGACGAGGAAAGCAAGGGCAAACGGAGUCAAAUGCCUUCGGAUCUCAUGGACAUUCCUCACCAUCAGCGUCCUUCCUCCUUCCAGAACGGAUAUGGUCUCCAUGGAGGAGGACAGAAUCAUCAACAACAAUCCAACAGCUACCACCCUUCACCACUCCAACUCCAGCAACAGCCAAUUAAACAAUCCAAGGCUGAUAGUCGGAUACGAAGCGACUACAACAACUAUACCAACAAUAACAACAAUAGCAACACCUCUCCCCUCAACAAUAAUAACACUAAUACCCUGAACUACAACACCGACAGCAGCAACCUCUAUGUGACAGCCAUGGAGUCAAUGCCUCUGACAAAGACGGCCGAUAUGUUGGCGCAGGCAGGACCCUUGAUCGAUAACCCGAUGAUGGCGGCGAACAAGGCACCGGCGGCGGACCAAGUCUUUGCGCGUCUUGCCAAACAAUACCCCACCAACCCUCGCGAGACCGACAAGCGUGAACGCAUCUAUCGCUGGCUGGACGAUGUGGCCAAAGCCUUGACCCUCAACCCGGACACGGAUAUCCCUGGAUGGGUGAUCCCUGUUACUCCUGACGACCUCGACCAUCCUGAUAGCCCCUUCUACAUGGAUCGGAUCACCUUUGAGCUCGACCUCAUGGCGCCCGUCGGAAAGCCCUUCCGCAAGGUGAUCGACAUCAACUGCUCCUCUGGUGAAUGGGCCAUGGAUAUGGCGAUUAAGCACCCGAGGACGAUUGUGUAUGCAUUGGACCCGAUGCUGAACGUGGCGCGGCUACCACAGCGGAUUCCGGACAAUUGCAAGUUCAAGCUGCGGGAUGUCAAAGACCAGGAAGGAGAAUUUGAUCUUGUCCAUCAGCGAUUAGGUGCGUUCAGGACCCAUUUUAUGGAAUGGACACCUCAUUUCGCAGAAUUAGGCCGGUUGACUCGACCAGGAGGAUGGAUCCAAUUGGCAGAGUCCAAUGGGAUGGUGGUCCGUGCAGGUGUGGAGUCCUUGAAAGUGAACCGGUGGGUCGAGACGGCGGCGCUGAGUUCUGGAUUAAACCCUAUGCAAAUGGUGGAGGCUCUGAUGCCGACCAUUUUGGGAGCCGGAUUGAUCAAUGUCGAAUGUUACGAGUACGGUAUCCCGAUGGGCGAGUGGGCGGGUCGGCGUGGUAACAUUGCGAUGAGGGCGUACUUGUUGAUGGUGGAGUCGUUACGGGAGGAGAUUAUUGAGAUCAACCGGUUGGAGGAGGGGAUCUUUGAGAAAACGAUUGGGUUGAUGGUUAUGGAGUGUGCGUCCGAGAAUGCGGAGCUUAUUAUGAAGGUUAUUUGUGCGCAAAAGCCUCCUUUCUCGGAUGAUAUCUGGCGGUAG